AUGUUGUAUGGGGCUAAGUAUUGGCCUGUCAAGAAGUUCCAUGUCCAGAAGAUAAAAGCAGCUGAAAUUAGGAAAGAAGAUGUUAGGGGUAAGGUGGGAGUGGCAUCUAUGGAGGACAAGUUGCAGGAAUCUAGGUUGAGAUGGUUCGGGCAUAUGAAGAGGAGAGAUAUAGAUGCACUAGUCAGGAGGUGUGAGGGGUUAUCCAUGGCGGGUCAGUGGAGGGGAAGGGGAAGGCCUAAGAAGUAUUGGAGAGAGGUAAUGGAGGCAAUGCGUAAGAUGAGAAGGGGCAGAGCUACUGGGGCAGAUGAAAUUCCGGUUGAACUUUGGAGGUGUGUGGGUAGAGCAGACUUGGAAUAG